AUGAUGGCGUGGCACUACCAGUAUAAGGUGCGGUGUGAAAACCGCGAAUCUAAAGUGCCGCCCAUAUAAAAGCUAUUGAUUACUCAUAAACGGUCGUCAGUCGUCAGUUCAGAGCACUAACAGCUAGCAUCCAGUGAAAUAAUCGGUGUAGAUCAGGGCGUCAAGUUAAAUUAUACGAAUUUAAAUUUUGCCAAAUAUUCGGAAACACCAGCAGUACCCGAAUACGUACCAUAAAGUUCUGUCAUAUUCAUAGGACCAAGUGUUUCAAACGGAAAUUAAGUGUUUAUCAGUGCAGUGAAUGUUAGUGCCCGCCAAGUACGAGAACUAAGCUUAAAUUGAAUCAAUUGUAAAUCGGCUCAAUUGCCAUCGGAUUAACAGUGAGAACAUUUCGGCAAACCGCAACGCUGCAUCAACGCGCUGAAGGCUGAAACAUGAGUGUGUACCCGUUGACCUUGUUGCUGCUCUUGGUGAUGGCAUCCGUUUACACUUGUUCUGGAGCUGAAAUUCCGCUGCCCUCGGUCUACGAGAAUGGUGGCGAAGGGCGCUCAUACAUGGGCGUUACAGUGUAUAAAGUGGAAGACGCUUGCGCCAGACAGGGAGGACUGUGCGUGCAUAAAUCUGACUGCCAGUCACCCACAACGAAGAAGGGCCUUUGUCCGGAAAAUGCCCAUCGAGGCGUUGAGUGCUGUUAUGAAGUCAUUCCAGUGAAAGGUGGUCUAACGUGUGCCGAAUAUCUGGGCUCUUGUAUGACUUCCUGCAAUGCCCUUGGAUUAAGACGACCUGCUACGGACUGUGCAGAUGACGAGCAUUGUUGUAUAUUGGUUUAACUUCAUGUAUAUCGCGAUUUUUAUUUGUAAUAAUGCAUUAUAAGAGGAAAUGAAAUGGGAAACGUCAACUAACGUGUGAAGAGCAUCUAGGCGUCGUAUGUAUGGACGACUGGAUUAUCAUUGACCUGAUACGACCUGCAAGGGACUAUAAUAUGGGCCAGUUUCAAUGUGGAUUUUCAGAAGAAAUAUAAAAAUAUAAAAUUUGUAUCUACGUGUCUGGAAGAAAAAUAUGUGGGUCAGGUGUCCGAAAGACUGCGUUUGGAUAGGUAUGAUGAAUUAAAUGAAAACUUGUUCCUAUUGCAAAAUAAAAAGAAAACAAUUACACUGAAGCAAUCGUUUGUGUAUAAUUUAAAGUUGACAAAUUUAACCAAUGCUAGGUAUUAUAUCAAAACAUGUUGAUCCUUUUCUUUAAAAAAACUUUGUUAACGAAAAGAAUCCACAAGUUUUGAUAUAAUCAGUACCGUCAGUACAAUGAUGUAAAUAUUUAACGGGAAAUCAGCAGUCAUUGACUUUUCGUCGCAAAGCUAAAUUUCGGAAGCAGUUUUUGGGUACAAAAUAGGGGUUCUGUAUUUAAAAACGUUUCACUGCAUUCUUCUUGCCAAUCUGAACACAGUGAAUAUAUUUACAUGAACAGAAUUUUUGUUUCCAACAAAAAAACUACUUUUGAAAUGUACAAAAUCAAUGACGACUCAUCUCACCUUAAGCAAACAAAGUUAAUAUCUUUGGUAGAGUAUGGAAGUUAGUAUACUUGACAGCAACUCGAUUAUUUUAGAGUGGUUAGCAUGAAGUGAUAUGAUGUAAUAUACUGAUUAAUAAAAUAUUGAAAAAUGUUCGCUUCGGGAGCUGCAUUCAAUCAUACAAGUGAAAAUCAGGAACAGAAAAUACAAAUGUCAAGCGUACCUACUAAUAAAAUUUCUGAGACAGUUUUGGUUGAAUAAUAAUUUUCCAAAAAGUAUAAAUAAGGAAGAAUUAGGAAAGAAAGUUGCGCAUGGACAACUCCCGAAACUUGAUGUACCUUUUCGUUAAAAAUCAUGUAAAAUAGAAGUAAAA